AUGAAGCCUCUUUGUCUUGCUCUUGACAAUGGCUUUGUCACUGGAAUGGCUGGUGGUGGAGCUGCCACUGAGCUACGGGUGCUCUAUCAGCCCAACCGCUGCGCCAUUCUCGAGUCCACGCUGGUUGCAGGCCACACAGUUAUUUUUGAUCGCCACGGCAAAAGAGCUGAUGAAUCAGCAGCAGGUUAUGCAGACCUCUCGAAGGAAUUUGUGAUUUUUGUCAAGGGUGUGUUUCUCAACAGUGCAGUGGUUCUGCUCUCAACAAGCCUGUGUCAGGCCCUGUGUCUCCAGCCUGACGGAAGCUGCACUGGAGUUGGAAAACAGUCUGAAGAAUCCUACUGGAAAGUGCAUAAAAUCAGCUCUGGGAUUUGCAUGUUUGAAAGUGUGAAAAAUGUGGGGAUGUAUCUGCGGAUUAAGGAUGGUCGCUGUGAUGGAACGGGCACAGGAGAUGCUGACUGUCAUUUUAAAAUGAAGAAGAACUUGGAAAAUGCAUCCGUGAGCCUGGAGUCUACAAAGAGCCCAGGGCUGUUCGUGGGACUUCGGUCAGAUGGACAGGCAAGACCAGUCAUCUACACAGAGGAUGAGAAUGUUUGCUUCUACCCACAAGUCAUCCAAUUUGGCAGAGAAAACCCAAUGGGAAUGUCUGCAACUUUCAGACAAAAGGAAGAACAGAUCCAUGAGUCAAAAAACCAGAAACAAACACCAGCAGAAUCUGAGGCCAGGGGUCCCUUACCUUCUUCCGCUCCAAUAGAAGAAAUCCAGCGUCCCCAAAGCAGUGAGACUCUUCUGUUAGAAGAUAAAUGGAAGGUGUUAGUGCUGACGGGAAGUACAGGGACUCAAGCCAAUGUCACACUCUGGGUGUAUGGAGAUGAAGGAGUCACCGGGCCAAUAAGUCUCAGCAAGGACAGCCCAGAGCAGCUCUUCCGUCCAGGACAGGAGGAUGAAUUCCAGGUUGAAAUAAGAAGCAUUGGAACAAUAUAUAAGAUAAGAAUAGGACACGAUGGAACGAGCCAGCGACCGGAGUGGAGCUUGCAGAGGGUGACCAUGCAACAUAUGAAAAGCAAGAAGAUCCUAGAUUUUGCAGCAAACGUGUGGCUUUCUCGGAACCAAGCACACGGGGAUGUCGUCUGUGAGCUUCCUGUAGUGAAAGAAGGACAAGCUAUCUUUCCAUUAGUGAUAUACCAUGUUUAUGUCUACACUGGGCAGCUGAAGCAAGCAGAGACAGAAUCUGACGUUUCCCUCUGUCUCUACGGGCAGCGGGGAGACUCUGGCCUUCGGCUGCUGCACAAAUCUAACAUGCCGGUAAAAUUCCGAAGAGGGCAGGUUGAUAAAUUUCAAGUAGAAGCAGUGUCCCUUGGAAAACUGCAGAAGGUGCUGUUGCGCUGUGAGGCCAGUGACAGAUCACAGUACUGGUACUGUGACAAGGUCGUGGUCCAAGACCCUGGCGCUGCGUCUGCUUCCGUCUUCACCUGUGAGAGAUGGCUUCCCUUUAUGUCUCAGGGCAUAAUUCAUUCUGAAAUUGAACUUUAUCUUCAAGGUGAGGAUUAAUGAAACCGUCAGUUGAAGAAGGUACAAGAUGAUUUUGCCACCUCUGGAUGCUGCGGAACACGAUUCCCCAGUUGCCCCAGACGUUUCCUUUGAUCGUUUACCUUUGUAUUGGAUUUAUAGUUAUUGCUCACAGUGGAAAUAAAAACAUACGUAAAGCUGUGUCUUGGCAAUGUCGUAUGCCCUGCCCUAAGUUAAAAACCCACCUAAGGAUUUGCCACUGUUAUUCAAGAGUUAAACUCACUUCAUUUUUCUGCCACUUACAAUGUCAUCAGACGGAUCUAUUAUUAACUGCACUUCACUUUUAUUUUUGCAGAAAUGCAAAUAAAUCAUCAACCUAAAAUACAAGAG